CAUACAUACAUACAUACAUACAUACAUACAUACAUACAUACAUACAUACAUACAUACAUACAUACAUACAUACAUACAUACAUACAUACAUACAUACAUACAUACAUACAUACAUACAUACAUACAUACAUACAUACAUACAUACAUACAUACAUACAUACAUACAUACAUACAUACAUACAUACAUACAUACAUACAUACAUACAUACAUACAUACAUACAUACAUACAUACAUACAUACAUACAUACAUACAUACAUACAUACAUACAUACAUACAUACAUACAUACAUACAUACAUACAUACAUACAUACAUACAUACAUACAUACAUACAUACAUACAUACAUACAUACAUACAUACAUACAUACAUACAUACGUGCAUACAUACAUAG